AUGAAAGCAAGGUGGCUUUUCUCUCUCUUUUGUUUGCUCUCAGUGCCCAGUGUCACAGGCCAGACUGCAGAUGUCAUUACCCAGACAGAAGUGGUCCACGCUCCACCAGGUAUUGACAUCACCCUGGUGUGCGUGUUCCCAAAAUUGCACAGCACCCACAUCAUAAAGACACAGUGGUCCAAGACUGACAGCAGCCCCUCUACCAAAAUAGCUGUAUAUCACCCCACCUAUGGCACCCAUUACUUCAAGUUUUCUGAAGGUUCUGUCAACUUUUCAGUGUCCUUCAGCACAAGGAUACGCUGCAGUGGUGAUGACACAGGGUCCUCGUGUUCCACCAAUCCAAAUGCCAUGUCUGAAUGCAAUUGGUGGGUGCUGCACCUGGAAAAUACUACCGUGUCCCUUACUGGGCAGUACGAAUGCACUUUUGCUACCUACCCAUAUGGGACAAAGGCUGCAAAAAUUCAACUUGCUGUCAAGGCAGAAGAGAAGAGGCACUACCUGAAGAAAGUGUGGUUAACAGAAAUUCCAUGCCUUGAGGAUGAGACCUCAGAAAAUUUGUCCACUUAUCCUUUGAAAUGGCUAGUGGAUGAAAAUGGGUGGAAAGAGGAACUUGUGACCAAGGAGCCCUCCUGUCCUGCUGUGUACAGGAACAGCAGCAUGCUGUACGGGCAAAAAGUCCUCCUGGGUUUGAACAACACCCUAAAGGUUUUCCUCACCAAAAUCACUGAUGAUGGCAGAGUCUUUUCCUGCCACGUGCUGUACCACCCAGAGAGAGUCCAGAAGAGCAGCACCAUUGUGAGAGUAUUUGCUUACCCUGAGAUCUCCAUUAGCUUGGAGGAGAGCUCAGCCAGCGUAACGCAGAAGCCUAAUGUGUCAUGGAAGGCACUUCCCAAGUCAAGCCUCCUGCGGUACAUGGACAGAGCAAACCUGACAGAACAGCCUGGAGGGUAAUUUCUUAUUUCUGUGGUACAAGAAGACUUGCAGGACAGUGAAGAUUUCUAUGAGUUGAGAUCGACACUGAUGUUCCAAGGGACCCAUAAGACACAUAAGACAUUCUCAUGUGUGUGUCUGUUUCCCUUCCUGGGAAAUGAAAUGAAGAUUAUUUCAUCAAAAGAAAUAUUUGUUUCCUUUGACAAUAAGUCUAAUGAAGCCUCAGCUGAAGUUUUUACUACCACGGUUUCAGAUGAGCACCAAUCGACAUCUGUGGCCUCUCUGGAUUUCACAAGUCCAGCAAAUUUGACUCCUGCUUCCACAACACAAGCAGGAGCGCUAACUUCUACCACAGAGGCAAAAGGCUACACCAGUGCCACGGCAUUCAGCGAGGCUUUGACAACAGCACGUAACCUGUCCUACAGCAUCACAGAUCAGACAAUUUCAGUUACCAGAGGAAAAGAUUUCUUUCCUACCAGCAGCCUGCUGAACAGUACUGGUGACAGGAGGAACGCCAAAGCCAGUGGCUUCCCGUGGCCAACAGUGAUAGCUGUCCUGCUCCUCCUCUGCAGCACUCUGGUAGCUUUAGGCAUCAGGAAAUGGUGUCAGUACCAGAAAGAGAUUAUGAACAGACCUCCAUCUUUUAAGCCACCACCACCUCCAAUAAAGUACACCUCCAUGGUAGAGUCUGAUGGGACUCCCCCAUCCUGCCACGAACUAGAAAGCCUGUAA